AUGUUCACCCAUUCUCGGGGCUUGAUUACUCUGCUUCUGUUCCUGGCACCAUCCGUGCUAGCGCAGUUCAAUCUGAGAGAUACUUUCAUAGGGGAUGGAUUCUUCUCAGGUUUUCGGUGGGAGACCUUCGACGAUCCAUCGCAUGGACGCGUAAACUAUGUAGAUCAGCAGACUGCUAUAGCUGAAGGCUUAUCAUAUGUGGAUGGAAGUACGUUCUUCAUGCGAGCGGAUGAUACAACGGUCCUAGAUGCAUCUACGCCGCGCGGACGUAAUUCUGUACGGAUCACGAGCCUGAACUCGUAUACGGACGCUGUGAUAGUUCUCGACGUCCAGCAUAUGCCUGAGGGUUGUGCGACUUGGCCGGCUUUCUGGACUAUGACAACCAAUAUGGGCGCUUGGCCAGCAGGAGGAGAGAUUGAUAUAGUCGAAGGUGUAAAUUUGCAAACGCAGAACCUCGCGGCACUGCACACAUCCGCAGGGUGUACCAUGCCAGCGACAAGGUCUCCAGGUUCAUUGGACUGUGAUGCCUUUGCCGGAAUAAUGCAAGGUUGUACUACCAACUUUGCAAAACCAAACUCCUUCGGCAGCGCACUAAAUAGCGUUGGAGGAGGCUGGUUUGCCUUGAAACGCACCGACGCAGCAGGAGCCGCUGUCUAUUUCUGGCCACGCAACGACCCCAGUGUACCUGCGGAAGUUGCGUCCGGUGCAGCAACGGUGAACCCUGACGGUUGGGGAGAGCCCGAGGCUCUGUUUCCGACCGAUACAUGCAAUUGGCCUCAAUUUUUUGAUGCACAUAAUAUUAUUUUCGAUUUGACAUUUUGUGGAGACUGGGCUGGUACCCCAUUCUUGUGCGGUGGUGCCAGCACAUGCAAUGACUACGUCGACGCAAAUCCAACCUCUUUCCAAAAUGCGUUUUGGCAAAUAAACGCCCUCCGUGUUUAUACGCCCUGA